AUGAACUCCACAAAGAUAUUCCCGCCAGCCCGUCCGGCGCCUUCUAAUUCAUCAUCUACAUCUAAUCAUUCUUCUUCUACUUCUACUUCAUCUACUUCUACUUCUUCUUCUUCUUCGGAUUCAUCCAUCCAGCAGGCUACAUCAGCCGCUCCUCAAGCAUCAUCAGCUUCACUCUCGUUAUUAAACAAUAACCAAAAUGACCCCUCUAAUCUUCAUAACAAUCCUAACUCUUUUCUCCAAACAGGUUCACAAAAUAAUUCCAUGGUUUCUUCAAAUGGCUCUGCUUCAAAUCCUGCUUCUAUGAUUGUUAAACCACUUUUGCCGAAACCAUCUCAUUCAAAGCAACAUCAGCAUCAGCAUCAGCAUCAGCAUCAGCAACAGCAGCAACAGCAGCAACAGCAGCAGCAACAGCAACAGCAACAACAACAAUUAUAUUCUAGUACAAAAAAGAGAACUUUUUCAAAAACUUCUCUAGAUGAUCAUCAAGGCCCUCAUCAAAAUAAACGCCAAGUAGCAGAAAUAACCAAUCAAUCUAUAUCAUCUUCUUCGCCAUCUUCAUCCACUACAGUUCUCCCUGCAAAUGACCCCAAGACAAAUACCCUCAAGUCUUACUUGGCUUCAUUUAACAAGUCAAACUCCAUAGACCUUCCUAUUGCCUCUGCACAUGCGGCUCAUGAUUCAAAGCUUUCUUUUCUAGAAACAAAGACUUCAUCCAUUUCUCCUAAACCUCCAGAUCUUCCUACAAAGCGCCUAGCAAUUAAGUCUCGUCUAAUCAACCCUUCAAAUACCCAAGCCUCCUCUUCCUCCUCUUCUUCUUCCAAUACCACUAGCAUGGACCCGCGGGCGGCCUCCAUCUCGCCUACAAUGGCCCCCUCCAUUUCUCCUACAAUGGGUCCAGCCAUGGCUCUUUCCAUGUCGCCUCCCUUAGGUCCUCUCCAUUCAUCACCCUCCACUGUUGCAGCUGCUGCCGCUUCAUCGUCUACUGCUACUUCAACCCAUCACGGAUCACAUUCCUCUCCGAGACCCCGGCCGAUUCGAUCUUGCACCCACUGUCGCCAACAGAAAAUAAAGUGCAACGCUCUUGAGGUCUUCCCUGCUCCCUGCUCUCGUUGUGCCAAGGCUGACCGUAAGUGUGUAGUUGACCCCCUCUUCAAGCCUCACAAAGGUGGCCAGGUCCAAAGUCUUCGUGAUGAUAUUUCAAACCUCAAGCAGCAACUUGCAGCUCUUCAACACCGCGAGUCUAUGCUUGCCUCGGUACUAAAAGAAACUAAUCCAGAUGCUGCUGUUGUGCUUAAUCUUCAGCAACAGCAGCAGCAGCAGCAACAACAACAACAACAACAACAAAAACAGCAGCAGCAGCAGCAGCAGCAACAGCAACAUCAACAUCUACAACAACACAGGGAAGAUUUUUCAGUAUCACCACAACUUUCGGCCUCCGGUGCUACACAUGAAGAAAAUGAAGAUGUGGAUGAUAGCGCCGAUCUUAGCACAUCCUCCUCCUCUUCGCCACCCUCAAAACCCCUCUUUUCAACAAAAACUGAUGACGAGCAUCGGGCUCAAGGUGUUCAGUCUACAAUGGCUUCCUCCUCCUCCUCCUCCUCUUCCUCUUCUUCAUCCUCAGCCAGCCAAAAACCCUUACCCAUUUUAACUUCAGCACCAUCUACUUCUGGGUCUUUCCUUUCUAGCUUACCGACAUCCGCUGCCCAGGCAACCCAACCGACAUGCGUCUCCGCUACCGCCCCUUCUUCUUCUUCUUCUUCCCACCCUUCUUCGUCAACCUCGUCAGCUGCUCCUAAACCCUCAACAUCAACAACUGACAAACCCGACCCUUCGGACCUGGCAGACCCCUUAAAUUCAUCGACCCGCCAUCGACGCAGCCACUCAUCUGUUCAAGAUCAACAAGAAUCUUCUUCUGCUUCCUUAUCAUCGUCCUCACGGACUCUUCAUCAUAAUCUUCAUCUCCAUCAUCCAAACUCGUCUAAUGGCCGAAACGGCUCUAAACCCCAUAACUCAACGUCUUCAGUCCCCAUUUCAGCGGCAGCAUCCACCUCGCCUGCCAUGCCUUCUUCUUCUUCUCUACCCGAUAAGAGAAACUCCGGCGAUCUUGACGAUAACUCAUCAUCCUACUCGCGCCAAACCUCUGUCUCUGUGGCCUCCUCCAUAGUCAAUGAACACCCUGACUAUGUCGUUGGUGACGUACGACUCUCCUAUGACCAGGCCGAAGAGCUCCACCAGCGUUUCAUGACUCAGUAUCUUCCAUUUCUCCCCAUCAUUCAAUCUAAUUCAGCCGCAGAACUUUAUCGCCAGUCUCAACUGCUUUUUUGGACUGUUUGUCUUACAGCUUCACUAUCCGAGCUUACGCCGACUCUUUACAAUAGCCUUUGCUCGCUCAUCAAACAACUUGCUAUUGAAACAUGUUGGAUCCAAACUCCACGCUCUACUCACAUUGUCCAGGCUUUGCUUAUUCUUGGUAACUGGCCCCUUCCUAAUGAAAAGGUUCUUGACGACUGUUCUUACCGUUUCAUCACACUGGCCAAAUCACUCGCCAUGCAACUUGGCUUGCAUCGUGGCAAGUUUAUCUAUGAGUUUUCUCGCACACAAGUCAGUCUUCCAGAUGCCGAAAAGUGGCGCACGCGUACAUGGAUUGCCAUUUUUUUCAUGGAGCAAGUCUGGUGCGCCAACUUGGGGCUCCCGCCAAACAUGCCUAUGGAUUAUCUUCUCGAAGUUUCUCGCACUGAUACAAGUCUCCCAAAAUCUUUCCGCUCACUCGCAUGUCUGGCCAUGUUUUGCUCAAAGCUUGUGAACCUGAUGGGAUCUUCAGUCACAUCUCCAGAUGGUACUCUUGAACCCAAAAACCGGUUUUCCACCUUGGGUAUUUUAGAGCAAGAGCUUGAUCGCCUUGUUGGCGAACUUGGGACUGAUGACGAUGUGUUUGUGGAGAUUUAUUCCCUUUAUCUCAAGAUGAUGAUUUGUGUUUUUUCUUUUCUUCCGGAAACACCUAUUCAAGACCAAACCAUUUAUAUCAUAAAGGCCUACCACGCUGCAACACGAGUUGUUACUCUCUUUAGCGGACUCGCUGAAAAGCGUCGUAUCAUUGAGUACCCUAUUUACAUUCGCCAUCCAGUUUCACUUGCUGGUUUCAUUCUCUUUCGCCUGCAUCUGUCACCAUUAUUGCUUCCUCAAUACGUGGAGAGUGCGCGCCAAUCUGUUGUCACAGUGCACAGACUUUUCCGUAACAUGCUUACCGCUUGGAAAGAUGUGCAAAAUGACAUUUCGCGCACGGCCAAGGUUUUAGAAAAACUAAAUUUUGUAAUCAUUACCCAUCCAGAGUUGUUCACAAAGGCGCCAGGUAUUGUUACACGCAUGCGCUCGCAUCUCACAGCCUCACUUUUCUACGAGCUCAUUUGGGCAAUCCAUGAGGCUCGUCGCCGCGGUGGGCUUGGGUCUUCAUCUACUCAUACGGCUGCAUUUGUUGCAGCGGCUGCCGCUGCUGUUGCUGCCAAUAAUGGUGCUGCUGCCAGUGCAAACAAUAUUCUUAUCCCACACCUUUCAUUUAAUUCCAUCAACUCAAUUCCAGGAAGCCAUGUUGAUUCGGUCCCGCCAUUACCGUUUUACAAUCAAAUUACAAAAGACGAUUUUACAACGACAACUACAACGACCCCGAAUGGAACUACAGUUACAACAUUAGUGCCAACAAAUACUAAUUUGGCUUACAAUGGUGCCAAUAACAACGGCAAUAAUAACAAUGCAGCAAUCACUUUAGAACUUGGGCCAGAUGGUAAACCUGUCAAUACAACGCCUUUGGCAGGGCUUGGAAAUCCGUCUACAAUGCUGACCAAGGCUGGGCCUGAUGUUGCCGGAUCCAUGGUGAUACCCAGUGAAGGUGAAAAUGGUGGUAAUGCGGGCAGUGCUGGAGCCAAUGCAGGUUCUGGUAUUGUAGGAUCUCGAGGAACAAAUGGAAGUAAUGUUAUGAACCGCCAGAUGUUCCCUGUUCCUGGUCAGUCAUCGGUUGUUCCGCAAAGAUUUAACAUUUCUGGUGGAUCGAGGAAUCAACAGCAAACUUCGCAAGCAGGGACUCAAAAUUUAAAUCAACGGAAUGUGCGCCAGAAUUCUGUUUCUUCACAGGUAUCUCUUAUGCAUCAGAAACAACAACAUCAACAGCAGCAGCAGCAGCAGCAGCAGUUGCUUCAGCAGUUUCAGCAGCAACUGGAAAAUCCAAUCCAGUCAUCAUCGUCAUCACAUGAGGCGCAGUUUUCUCAAAUUACAGGAAUAUCGCAGCAGCAAUCAUUACAAUCGUCGGCAUCUUCAAAUAAUAUUUCGGGAACGUCUUUUGCACAACCUAUGACAUCGCGGGGACAAGCUUCUGCGCAGCAACAGACAUUUUCUACUCAGCAAAUUACGCAGCAGCUGACGCAGCAGUUGACACAAAGUUCGUCAUCUCAGCAACCGCAACAGCCGCAACAGUCACAACAUCAACAACAUCAACAACAUCAACAACAGCAACAACAACUACAGCAGCAGCAGCAACAACAGCAGUCAGGGAUGGGAAAUGUACAAACUCCUGCAACACCUGUGACGCCUUUUUAUGGAACUACAGGAUCGUCAUCAGACCCGUUGCAUCUUGAUACAUUGAUGCAGGGUAUUGAUUGGAUGGAUUCUAAAGGUGAUGAUUUACUAGGUUGGAUGGACAACCUGGAUUUCAACAUGUAUUAA